UGUAAAUACUGUUUCCGCGCCAAAACUUUAAUAACAACAACUGCUCGUUCCGUUGUCAACUUCUUAAUUGUAGAUCUUUACUUUGAGAAAUAAUGGCUAAUACUCAAGCACCACCAAGUCCCGAACUCGAUGGAAACAUGUUUGUGUUGAAAAGAGGUGGUCGGAAAGAGGAAUGUCAUUUUGACAAGAUAACAUCAAGGAUUAAAAAACUGUGUUUUGGAUUGGAUCUAAAAUAUGUUUCUCCGUAUGCUAUUACCAAAAAAGUAAUCCAUGGCAUGUAUGCAGGAAUUACAACAGUUGAGUUAGAUACCCUGGCUGCUGAGAUAGCAGCAGCAAUGACAACAAAGCAUUGUGAUUAUGGAAUACUUGCAGCAAGAAUUGCUAUUUCAAAUUUGCACAAGGAGACUAAGAAGAAAUUUAGUGAUGUUAUCGAAGAUUUAUUUCAGUAUAUUAAUCCAGAAAUAAACAAAUGUUGUCCAAUGGUUUCUCAAGAAACUUAUGAUAUUGUAAUGGCAAACAAGGAGAGACUUGAUGGGGCCAUUAUUUCUGGUCGGGAUUUUGAGUAUAAUUUUUUUGGAUUCAAGACUUUAGAACGCUCCUAUCUUUUGAAAAUUAAUGGAAAGACUGCUGAGAGACCUCAACACAUGUUAAUGAGAGUAGCUGUUGGUAUACAUGGUGAUGAUAUUGAUGCUGUUGUUGAAACAUACAACCUAUUGUCAGAAAAAUGGUUCACGCAUGCCUCUCCUACCCUGUUUAAUUCAGGUACUCCUCGUCCUCAAAUGUCAAGCUGUUUCCUGCUAGCAAUGCAAUCAGAUAGCAUUGAGGGUAUUUUUGAUACACUUAAGCAAUGUGCUGUUAUUUCCAAAUGGGCUGGUGGCAUAGGCUUGCAUGUUCAUUGUAUCAGAUGUUCCGGUAGUUAUAUCGCUGGGACAAAUGGCCACUCCAAUGGAAUUAUACCUAUGCUGCGUGUUUUCAAUAAUGCUGCUCGUUAUGUUGACCAAGGAGGUAAUAAAAGACCAGGUUCAAUUGCUGUAUAUCUUGAGCCAUGGCAUGCUGAUAUCUUUGACUUUUUGGACCUCAAAAAAAAUACUGGUAAAGAAGAACAGCGUGCUCGAGAUCUUUUUUACGCAUUGUGGGUUCCUGAUCUGUUUAUGAAACGUGUUGAGCAGAAGGGAGUCUGGAGUUUAAUGUGCCCUCAUGAAUGCCCUGGUCUAUCUGACUGCUGGGGAGAUGAUUUUGAAGCCUUGUACACCCGUUAUGAAUCAGAAGGAAAGUUCCGAAAGCAAAUACCAGCACACAAACUUUGGUUUGCAAUUUUAGAAUCUCAAACUGAAACUGGUACACCAUACAUGCUUUACAAGGAUGCAUGCAACAGAAAAAGCAACCAACAGAAUUUAGGUACUAUUAAAUGUAGCAACUUAUGUACAGAAAUUAUGGAAUAUACUGCUCCUGAUGAGGUUGCUGUUUGUAACUUAGCAUCAAUUGCAAUGAACAAAUUUGUCACUGUGGAUGAGGAAAAUAUAACAUUGCCCAGUGGAGAGACUGAAGUACAAAAGAAAUAUGGUUUCGAUUUCAAAAGAUUAAAAGAGAUUGCAAAGGUGUGCACCAGAAAUUUAAAUAAAGUUAUUGAUCGGAACUUUUAUCCAUGUGAGGAAGCAAAGAAUUCAAAUAUGAGACAUCGACCAAUAGGAAUUGGUAUCCAGGGUCUUGCUGAUGCAUUUAUUCUCAUGCGAUAUCCCUUUGAAUCAGACGAAGCGAUUCUAUUAAACAAACAAGUUUUCGAAACCAUAUAUUAUGGUGCUUUAGAGGCCUCUUGUGAACUGGCAGAGGUAAAUGGUCCAUAUUCAACUUACGAGGGUUCACCUGUAAGUAAGAACAUCCUGCAAUAUGAUAUGUGGGGAGUCACACCAACAGACCUGUGGGAUUGGAGCGCCUUAAAAGAAAAAAUUGCCAAGCAUGGUAUUCGAAAUAGCCUACUGCUGGCGCCUAUGCCUACAGCUUCAACUGCCCAAAUUCUUGGCAAUAACGAAUCUUUCGAGCCUUAUACUAGCAACAUUUACUCAAGGAGGGUUCUUUCCGGUGAAUUCCAAGUUGUAAAUAAGCAUUUGCUGAAAGAUUUAACUGCUUUAAAUUUAUGGGACGAAAACAUGAAAAAUACACUCAUAGCUCACAAAGGAUCCGUUCAGAAUAUUGAUGGAAUUCCUAACGAUAUCAAAAUUUUAUACAAAACUGCCUGGGAAAUUAAGCAGAAAGUUUUGAUCAAUAUGGCUGCAGACCGAGGUGCUUUUAUUGAUCAAAGUCAGUCUUUCAAUGUAUUUAUGGGAGAACCAAACUUUGCCAAACUUACUACCGUUCAUUUCUACGGGUGGAAAAAGGGUUUGAAGACGGGUAUGUAUUAUCUGCGUACUAAACCAGCUGCAGACGCCAUUCAAUUUACUGUCGAUCAAAACAAAUUAAAGAAUAACUCGAAAAAUGAAUCCGAUAUGAUGUGUUCACUCGAUAACAAAGAAGCUUGUCUCUCCUGUUCUGGCUGAAGUCAAAGUACGCUAUUUUGAGCGUGUACCUGUAACAUUGUAUAUACAUUUUAACAAGUAAUACGAUGCGGAUGCUACGGCUAUGCAAUGUCUUUUUCAAGAAAAUACAAUACUCUUAUUCA